GGAGGAGGAGGGCCAGCGUCCUCUCGAACAGGGAUCCCCAGCUGUUGUCGACUACAACUCCCACAACCCCCAGCCAAAGGCCAUUGCAGCUAAGGAUGCUGGGAGUUGUAGUCAACGACAUCUGGGGAACGCUCUCUUAGAGGGAGCAGCGGACAGAGCUGGGAGGUCCAAGCCUGUGCAUUGCGUGCCGAACCAGAUGUGGCAUUAGGGACCAGAAGCGGCAUGGCCGGGGUAGCUUCAGCAAGCGGAGGGCGGCGGGACCCGGAGCGUGUCCGAAAUCCUGCGUCGUGCCUGCGUGGCGUGACGUUGCAUUAGAAGCAGCGACAAGAAGGUGGAGCCGAGAGGAGGAGGAGGAAAGGGCGGAGUGACGGGUCGACACAAAGCCGAGCCUGCGGGCUGCUGCCAUUAGUCUGGCUGCAUCGGAAGAAGCGUGCUGCGGGAAAGGAAGAGCAGGAGUUCCCCCCUAACCCGGAGUUGCCCCCCUCUGGGAGCCAGAUGUCCGGUGCAAGAGGACGGCACGGCGCGACACGGAUCGCGCGAGCCCAGCCGGGAAGAUCGGUGGCUGGCUCGUGAAUGCUUUGGAUGGAGAGGAAGCAGUACAAUACAAACUAAAAACUUGAGCAAAAGGGAAGAACAGAAAUGGAUAACGUGCUUUUCUCAGAAUGGAGUAGAAAAAAAUAAUACAGAAAGAAAGAGAAAGAAGUCUGUGCCCUUUACAUAGGAGAAGCUUCACUUUUGAACCAAGCUUUGAACGUCAGGGCGAAAUGCAAAGAGGUGACUAACCACAAAUACUGCAAAUACAGAAAGAGCUUCAGCACAAGUGGAGUACUUAAUAGACACCAUAGAAUGAACACCAGGGAGAAACCACAUAAAUGCUUUGAGUGUGGAAAGAGCUUCAGCACGGGUGGAGAACUUAAUAGACACCAUAGAACCCACACUGGGGAGAAACCACAUAAAUGCUUUGAGUGUGGAAAGAGCUUCAGCACGGGUGGAGAACUUAAUAGACACCAUAGAACCCACACUGGGGAGAAACCACAUAAAUGCUUUGAGUGUGGCAAGAGCUUCACCCAGAGAGGACACCUUAUUAUACACCAUAGAACCCACACUGGGGAGAAACCACAAAAAUGCUUUGAGUGUGGAAAGAGCUUCAGCAGGAGUGGAGAUCUUAAUAGACACCAUCGAAUCCACAUUGGGAAGAAAUCACAUAAAUGCUUUGAGUGUGGCAAGAGCUUCACCCAGAGAAGACACCUUAUUACACACCAUAGAACGCACACUAGGGAGAAAUCACAUAAAUGCUUUGAGUGUGGAAAGAGCUUCAGCACGGGUGGAGAACUUAAUAGACACCAUGGAAUCCACACUGGGGAGAAAUCACAUAAAUGCUUUGAGUGUGGAAAAAACUUCAGCACGAGUGGAGAUCUUACAAUACACCAUAGGACCCACACUGGGGAGAAACCACAUAAAUGCUUGGAGUGUGGAAAGAGCUUCAGCAUGAGUGGAGAUCUUACUAAACACCGUAGAACCCACACUGGGGAGAAACCACAUAAAUGCUUGGAGUGUGGAAAGGGCUUCAGCAGGAGUGGAGAUCUUACUCAACACCAUAGAACCCACACUGGGGUGAAACCACAUAAAUGCUUAGAGUGUGGCAAGAGCUUCACCCAGAGAGGACACCUUAUUAUACACAAUAGAACCCACACUGGGGAGAAACCACAUAAAUGCUUGGAGUGUGGAAAGAGCUUCAUUGUGAGAGGACACCUAAUUAGACACAGUAGAACCCACACUGGGGAGAAACCACAUAAAUGCUUUGAAUGUGGCAAGAGCUUCACCCAGAGAGGAAACCUUAUUAUACACCAUAGAACCCACACUGGGGAGAAACCACAUAAAUGCUUGGAGUGUGGAAAGAGAUUCAGGCACAGUGGAGAUCUUACAAUACACCAUAGGACCCACACUGGGGAGAAACCACAUAAAUGCUUUGAGUGUAGCAAAAGCUUCAGCAGCAGCAGUGAGCUUACAAUACACCAUAGGACCCACACUGGGGAGAAACCACAUAAAUGCUUGGAAUGUGGGAAGAGCUUCAGCACGAGUGGAAAGCUUACUAUACACAAGAGAACCCACACUGGGGAGAAACCCCACAAGUGCUUGGAGUGUGGCAGGAGCUUCAGCACGAGUGGAGCUCUUAAUAGACACCAUAGAACCCACACUGGGAGAAAAUCCCAUAAAUAUUUGGAGUGAGGAAAGAGCUUUAGGCAGAGUGGACACUCACCCGGGAGAGAAACCACGGAAAUGCUUGCAGUGGGGAAAGAGAUUCAGCCAGAGUGGAGCUCUUAGUUUACACCAGAGAACCCACAUUGUGGAGAAACCACAUAAAGGUUUGGUGUGCAGAAAGAACUUCAGCAGGAGUGGAUAUCUAACCCUAACCAGAGAACCCACACUGGGGAGAAUCUGCAUUAGGUGUGUGCACGGAAAUGUAUGGUCCAGUUCAGUUUGAAUUCAGAUGCAAUCUGGGCAAGUUCAGUCCAGCACCAGCUCAAAACUCCGACGGUCUGUUCUGGGGUGGUUCAUGAACUUUUAUGCAACUUACCCACAUCCAGGGGGGUUCUCUAAGGCAGUGAGGGAACUGCAAAUUGUUCCCCUACCCCAGCUGGCCUUUCUUCCUUAAAAAAGGCCCCCAAAACCUUCUCCCGGUGUGGCGAGCAUUUUGGAGGCCGUCGCACUUGUGCAAUGGACCUCUGCAUGGCCUGGGUCCCCCCCGCCCCCACCGAAAAGCUCGUGAAUCAGUUUGAUUCUGAACCUGCUUGCACAUCCCUAAUCCGCACCAAUGCUUGCAGUGUAGGAAGUGGUUCAGGAGGAAGGCACAACUUACUGCACAUGCACAAACUUUUACUGUGUAGAAAUCAUACACAUGAAUCUAAAGACAAGCCUGAAAAUCACCCUCAUUUUGUGAAAAGUACUCCCUUGUGAUUUUUCUGCUUCGGAUUUAUCUUGAUUCCCUCUGAGGGAAUUCAUAGAUUUGUUUUUGUUUCUGUGAUAAGAAUAAAAUUGCAUAAUUAAUUCAGUUUGAUCAAUGAAUAUUACUUUUGAACUACAAAGGCUUUCUUUUAUUUACCUCUGUAUCCAUUUAUGUGUCAGUCUCUGGAAUGUGGAGUCUGAGUGAAACAAUGAUUGGCAAAAGAGUGCAAUGGCUAUUUUUUUAAAAAAGUCAAAGUAGAGGUUGAAAUUAUAUAACUGUGGCCAUUUAACUGAUAUUGUUUUGCUUGUUUUAGUGUUGUUUUUAGAAUAUUGUUUUUAAAUUUUAAACUGUGUUUUAAAUUUCUUGCUUUUAGGUUUUCUGUUUUUGUUUUUAAUUAAUGUUUUACAGAGAGCCAGUGUGGUGUAGUGGUUAGAGUGCUGGACUAGGACCGGGGAGACCCGAGUUCAAAUCCCCAUUCAGCCAUAAUACUAGCUGGGUGACUCUGGGCCAGUCACUUCUCUCUCAGCCUAGCCUACUUCACAGGGUUGUUGUGAAAGAGAAAAGUAUGUAAUACACCGCUCUGGGCUCCUUGGAGGAAAAGCGGGAUAUAAAUGUAAUAAUAAUAAUAAUAAUAAUACUGUUUUUA